AUGGCUUUCUGGUCUGCUGAGAAUGCCACAAAAGCAUACCUCAAAACCUUGAAAAUGGGCCAAAACGCUAAAGAACCAAACGCAGCCGAAUUCAUAUCCGCCCUUGCAGCGGGCAACAACGCGCAGCUAAUGGUCGCAGCAUGUGCCGAUGCUGCCGAUUAUACCACAUUAGCUCUAGUAGCAGCCGCUCAUCAAACAGGCGGCCGUGUCAUUUGCAUCCUCCCCGGCACCGAACAACUCCGAUCAUCGAAGCAAAUCCUCGGUUACGACGCUUGUCGUGUCGAGUUCGUAGUCGGUGAUGCUCGAAAUCUACUGCUAAGCCAAUACACAGAAGCCGAUUUCGUGCUUAUUGAUUGCAACCUAGAGAAUCAUGAAGGCAUGGUUCGAGCAGUGCCGGCUGGCACGAAACGAAAUGGAGCUGUCGUUGUGGGUUAUAACGCAUUUGCUAAAGGUUCGUGGUGGUCCGGUGGAUCGAAAACUCAAUUGUUGCCGAUAGGAGAAGGGCUGCUGGUCACUAGGAUCAAACCAAAUGCUUUGGUGAAGAGAAGCCAAUGGAUUGUAAAGGUGGAUAAAUGCACUGGGGAAGAACAUGUGUUUAGGGUCAGGUUUCCACAAGGGAAAGGCAUCAAAGCUUAGAUUUUCAUUGUUCCACUGCUUUUCCCUGCAAACCAAACGGAAAAAAAAGGGGGUUAGCAUAGGUUAAAAUUAGUUUAUGGAGAGUUUUAAUUUGUAUAUAGCGAUUAAUAUAUAGUAAAUCAUUUGUCUCGAAGUGUUAAUUAAAAA